AUGGUGAGUGAUGGGAUGGUGAGGGAUGGGAUGGAUAGUGCUGGGAUGGUGAGUGCUGGGACGGUGAGUGAUGGGAUGGUUAGUGCUGGGAUGGUGAGUGAUAGUAUGGUGAGUGAUGGGAUGGUGAGUGAUAGUAUGGUGAGUGAUGGGAUGGUGAGGGAUGGGAUGGUGAGUGCUGGGAUGGUGAGUGCUGGGAUGGUGAGUGAUGGGAUGGUUAGUGCUGGGAUGGUGAGUGAUAGUAUGGUGAGUGAUGGGAUGGUGAGUGAUAGUAUGGUGAGUGAUAGUAUGGUGAGUGCUGGGAUGGUGAGGGAUGGGAUGGUGAGUGCUGGGAUGGUGAGUGCUGGGAUGGAAAGCCUGUCAUCUGUGGAGCUACCCAACAACGUUCGCACACCCGCACAACAGCAGUGGGUUAGAGACGAGGCGGCUGGAGUCCCUGCCGGAGCGGAUGACAAUCCGCUGAAGCUGUAUUCAAUGUUCGACAUGGACGUGUUGAUCUUUUUGGUGGCUGACGUUGUCAGCUCGCCCCAGCUGGAGGCCAUCAGAGCAUACCUUGACUGCAACGUGGCCACCAACCAAGGCGUGCAAACAGCUAUGCAAAAGGUAGGUGCUGUGAGGGGAGGUGCUGAGAUGGUGAGUGCUGUGAGGGGAGGUGCUGAGAUGGUGUGUGCUGUGAGGGGAGGUGCUGAGAUGGUGAGUGCGGUGAGGGGAGGUGCUGAGAUGGUGAGUGCUGUGAGGGGAGGUGCUGAGAUGGUGAGUGCUGUGAGGGGAGGUGCUGAGAUGGUGAGUGCUGUGAGGGGAGGUGCUGAGAUGGUGAGUGCUGUGAGGGGAGGUGCUGAGAUGGUGAGUGCUGUGAUGUGA